AUGUUUCGACAACCGCCUCGACGUCCUCGACUGCUUCCAAGAACUAGCGGGGCAGACUUGUCUUGUCAGUCGAUAAACUCGCCGGAUUCGGGCUAUAGCUCCGCAGAUGAAGUCUUUGGGCUCUGCCUGAAUCUUCGCAAACGCUGUUUUCCUUCCUUCGAUGGGCCAGGCCCGGAUGAAAUUCCAGUCAAAUCGCUUGAGAACCAAGAGCAAAAACCGCCAGCAUCGAGCAAAACAGGACUCGCAGCCGAGCCUCCCAAAACACCAGAAAGGCGUCAUCCAAAAGGGAAGGCCGAUGUGAUUUCCCCCUUUUUAUACUCGAAAAGCUCCAGACGUUUCCCUCUCCAAGACAAACGCAUUGACCCAAACAUACAGUAUCUAGACAGAUAUGUCCCGAGACGUGAUCCCAUUUCCCAAUCAUCCGAGAGAUACCGAACAACAAAGCAAAGCCAGGAUUUGUCGAGAGAUGAGCGUCUAAGGCGUGACAAGAGUGCCUCAGCAGAUCCCUUCGUUCUAAAACGUCGUGUGAUGGACCCCGAUCCCCGUUUUCCUUUCCGAGUUGACGACAGUCAUCUGGACAGAGGUAUAGCUCUUGGGCAACUACCACAGAACCGAGGAGGAGAUCGUCAAGUUAGUAUGGGAGCCAUGUGGUCGGUGGGUGGUCUUGCGCCCAAUGCAAUCGCUACCGAUGAUGGACAGGGGCAUCUCGUCAGACGUGGGACCAACGCUCGUGUGUUUCCCACCCUCUUCCAGGAAAGUCUUGUCAGCACGUCAGUCGAGAAGGAGAAGCACGAAGGUCGCAUCGCUUCGGCUCUCGACAUUGACCAAGUACGAAAGAUCCUCGAGUUCGCACGGGCCCAGCAAAUCCCUCGAAGCAUUAAACAGCACGGCCUUCAUGCGGACUUUAGUCACACAAGUUGGAACGGACAUCAGUGGGCAAACAAAGAGCAGUGGUCAAUUCCUCUUCGGCCAGCAAAGAGGCGUCUUCUACCGGCUACUCCAUUCAGAGUACUGGAUGCCCCAAAUCUAAAGGAUGACUUCUACUGUUCACCGCUGGCGUACUCAUACACCGCGCAAACUCUUGUUUUGACGUCGGUUGCUUUCUCAUCAACUCCUGGAGGCAAAGCUGUGCUUGGGAUCGGGCACUCCGACGGGAGUGUGCUUUUCCAAUCUCUCUUUGACCCACUACCACGAUUCGAGAUUCGCCAGGCCUUUCCUAUCUCCUGUGUGAGCUGGCGCCCAGUUUGUACUUUGCGACCUUCCAAAAACCCCAUGAACCUAGGGGUCGAAGUUCUGACGGAAGACUUGGUAGUUGGGGAUGAGAUGGGCAAUAUCUACUACUACGUCGUAGAAUGGCCGAUAGGCUGGGAAGUCACGCGGGACACUUGGCCCGGUGCAGUAUUGUUGGUGACCAAGAUCAGCAAUAUUCACUGUCAGCAAGUAUGCGGUCUUGCAUGGUCAUAUGAUGGUCGGCUAUUCGCCUCAGGUGGAAACGACAAUCUCUGCUGUCUUUUCGAUGCUGAUCAAGUCUCCGGGCGGCGAACUGAGCAAGCCCCUGGGGUAAAUGGUGUUCGAGGGCGUAUAGAGGCGGGCAGCGCGUAUGGUGGCAUUGAGACAAGAGUUACACGGUUGUUGAGCGUCGAUGGGGACGACGAUAUGCCCGCGAGGGCGUUCAGGGCACAGCUACAGCCGCUUCCGAGUGGAACAGACACCGUUCGGUAUCUUGGCCCUGCUAUCGCGAAGCAUCAUUGGAACCACGAUGCUGCUGUAAAAGCCAUUGCUUUUUGUCCUUGGAGGCGAGAGUUGGUGGCAACAGGAGGUGGCUCUAACGACAAGUGCAUCCACUUCUUCCAUACGCCAUCCGGAGCAGCUCUCGCAACUAUAUCAGUGUCGGCCCAGGUAACCUCGCUCAUCUGGAACACAACACGCAGAGAGAUUGCCGCCACAUUCGGGUAUGCUUCACCGGAACACCCCUAUCGUGUGAGCGUUUUCAGCUGGCCGGAGUGCAAACAGGUUGCAGCAAUUCCUUGGGAGGACGAUCUGCGGGCCUUGUAUGCCAUUUCAUACCCUCGAGGACCGACCUCUGAUGACCCAACCGCACCAGCAGGAGGAAAGGAAGGGUGCAUUGUUGUUGCAUCGAGUGACAAGAGCAUAAAGUUUCAUGAGGUAUGGUCGCGAGAACGAGGCGUGACCGUGGGCGCCACGGGUAUUCUGGCAGGAAGCGAUAUCCUCGAGGGGCUUGAAGGCAUUGACAAAGAAGGAGACGUAAUCCGAUGA